AUGGCCUACUUCAAGAAGCUCAGAGGUUUCAGGGGAUUAGCACAAUCUCUGAAAGGUCUUACAGCUAAAGAUUACUCACUCUCCUCCCUUCUAGCAGUUGGGGCAAUAAGUCUUUCAUGUAAGGGCUAUCUGUAUAGCACAUCCACUGUGUGUCAGAGCAAUGUCAGAAGACAAGAUGGUAUGGGAAAUCUGAGAGUCACCAAGAAGGGAAUCCGACUUGAAGGUAUAUCUGAGUUUCUACUUCCAUUGUAUGUGAAAGAAAUUCAUUCCCGAAAGGAUAGUCCACUGGUCUUACAGUCUGACAGGAAUGUAACAGUGAAUGCGAGAAAUCACAUGGGGCAGUUAACUGGACAGCUGACAGUAGGAGCUGACGCUGUGGAAGCUCAGUGUAAGAGAUUUGAAGUGAGAGCGAGUGAAGAUGGCAGAGUGCUGUUCUCUGCAGAUGAAGAUGAGAUUACCAUUGGGGCUGAAAAGCUGAAAGUUACAGGCACCGAAGGAGCAGUAUUCGGGCACUCUGUUGAGACACCUCACAUCAGAGCAGAACCUUCCCAAGACCUCAGGCUUGAAUCACCCACCAGGUCCUUGAUCAUGGAGGCUCCUCGAGGGGUCCAGGUCAGCGCUGCUGCGGGAGACUUCAAGGCCACCUGCAGGAAGGAGCUCCAUCUGCAAUCUACAGAGGGGGAGAUCUUUUUGAACGCAGAGAAAAUCCGGCUGGGGAAUCUACCGACCGGCUCUUUCUCAUCGUCCUCACCCAGCUCCUCGAAUUCUCGGCAGGCAGUGUACGAACUGUGUGUCUGCCCCAAUGGCAAACUUUACCUUUCUCCAGCGGGACUAGGUUCCACUUGUCAGUCCAGUAGCAGCAUCUGCUUGUGGAGCUGAAGUGACUGAUUUCUCCUCACACCAGAAUAGCCUUUUGUUCCCGUCCGUCUGCUUCACAGUUCUGCUCGGUUUCCCUUGUGAUCAGUCCAGAGCUUCUUCGAAUGGUCCACAGAGCAACUUGUUCCCAUGCAAGCAGGGAUUCGCUGCCACCUUCUCUUGUGAUUUACUGUACUGCUCAACGCAGAGAGUGUGGGUGACAGAACAGUGGAAAAAAAUCACCUUCCGCGGGAAAACUGGAUCAUAACUUUUGCUCAAAAGGGAGAAAAACAUAGGUGCCUUUGCUACGUGAAGUGAAGCACACAGUUUUAGAUUUUUGCAGGACCUGGAUAUGAACUGCACACAUACACAUUACAUAGAUGAAAUUCUCAGUAUCCAAUGGCAAGAUGAGAUGGUUGACCCUGUCAGAAAACUAAUUCGACAGUCUGAAAGCACAAUUUUCCAAUCAUCUUUUUGGAUGUAAACUUUUAUCCCCGAAUUUUAAAAUUUUGAAGCAUUAUAUAAUGCUUGCUUUACUAAAAAUUAAA